GCUUCCUCCUCCCGGGGCCGGGUGGUGUCCGCCCAGCCUUCCCGCCAGCCCCGCGCUCCGCCGGCAGCCCCUGCCGCGCCAUGUCCGCGGGCUGGUUCCGCCGCCGCUUCCUGCCCGGGGUCGCCGGCGGCCCGCUCCCCGCGCCGCGCUCGCCCCGGCCGCGCGCCAGCCCCGUGCCCUACCGGCGGCCCCGCUUCCUGCGCGGCUCGGGCUCCUGCCCCGGCACCCCCGACGCCCCGCGCCGCCCGGACGCCCGGCCCGUGCGCUGCCCCGCGCGCGGCCGCACGCUGCCCUGGAACGCAGGCUACGCAGAGAUCAUCAAUGCAGAGAAAUCGGAGUUCAAUGAGGAUCAGGCCGCCUGUGGGAAGCUGUGCAUCCGGAGAUGUGAGUUUGGGCCCGAAGAGGACCAGGAGUGGCUGACCUUGUGCCCAGAGGAGUUCCUGACCGGUCAUUACUGGGCACUGUUUGAUGGGCACGGCGGUCCAGCUGCAGCCAUCCUGGCUGCCAACACCCUGCACUCCUGCCUGCGCCGGCAGCUGGAGGCCAUAGGAGAGGGCAUGGUGGCCACUCAGCCCCCCAUGCACCUCAGUGGCUGUUGUGUCUGCCCCAGUGAUCCCCAGUUUGUUGAGGAAAAGGGCAUUAGGACAGAAGACUUGGUGAUUGGGGCUCUGGAGAGCGCGUUCCAGGAAUGUGAUGAGGUGAUCGGGCGGGAGCUGGAGGCCGCAGGCCAAGUGGGUGGCUGCACAGCCCUGGUGGCUGUGUCGCUGAAGGGGAAGCUGUAUGUGGCCAAUGCCGGAGAUAGCAGGGCCAUCUUGGUGCGGAGAGAUGAGGUGCGGCCUCUGAGCUCUGAGUUCACCCCGGAAAGUGAGCGACAACGGAUCCAGCAACUGGCCUUUGUCUACCCUGAGCUUCUGGCUGAUGAGUUCACCCGACUGGAGUUCCCUCGGCGACUAAAGGGGGAUGACUUGGGGCAGAAAGUUUUGUUCAGGGAUCACUACAUGAGCGGCUGGAGCUACAAGUGCGUGGAGAAGUCGGAUCUCAAGUACCCACUGAUCCACGGACAGGGUAGGCAGGCUCGGUUACUGGGAACACUGGCCGUCUCCCGGGGCCUGGGAGACCAUCAGCUCAGAGUCCUGGAUACAAACAUUCAACUCAAGCCCUUCUUGCUCUCUGUCCCACAGGUGACAGUGCUGGAUUUGGACCAGUUGGAGCUGCAGGAGGAGGAUGUGGUUGUCAUGGCAACUGAUGGGCUCUGGGAUGUCCUGUCCAAUGAGCAGGUGGCACGGCUAGUGCGGAGCUUCCUCCCUGGCAAUCGAGAGGACCCACACAGGUUCUCGGAGCUGGCCCAAAUGCUGAUACACAGCACACAGGGGAAGGAUGGCAAUCCCACAGAGGAAGGGCAGGUGUCCUACGAUGACGUCUCUGUGUUCGUGAUUCCCUUGUACAGCCAGAGCCAAGGGAGCAGUGGCCACUGAGGAUUCAGACACCAUAUCCCAAAACCACUCAGGCUAGGUGCAAUGUGAGCAUCCCUCCACUGUGGUCAACAGCACGCCUGCCUGCCUGCCUGCCCCCAGACACAGCCCAGGGCUUUUGCCCCCACCCCCACCCAUUUCAAGAGGAGCA